CCCAAACAAGCAGGAAACAGGAAAUGUUCAGGUUUCAGGGAGGCUGAAGCCCAGCGCAGCCCAGCACAGCAUCAUGCCGGGGCGAGCUGACAGGAAGGCUUCCGGGGCUGCCCUCGUCUUUGCCCUGGUGAUCGCGCUCCUUCCCACCAGCCAGGCUCUGGGGUAUGUUGAGGAACUGGAACAGUCAGCAGAUAGGCCCCUGGAAGUGGAAAGCCUCGAUGGAGACUCUACCAUUCAGACGACGUUGGCUGCAGUGACCACAGCAACAUUAAUAACAAAUACAAAUUUUACCUACAUUGAGGAGGAUGCAGAUCAGCACGAGUUUAUAUUAAUGGUGUUGAUCCCGCUGAUUUUAUUGGCCCUCCUAUUUGUAAUACUGGUAAUCCUUGUAACACGCUAUAAAAGGAAAAGAACUAAACAAGAGCCUUCUAGCCAAGGAUCUCAGAAUGCCUUACAGACAUAUGAACUGGGAAGUGAGAACAUCAAAGUCCCCAUUUUUGAGGAAGACACACCCUCUGUUAUGGAAAUUGAAAUGGAAGAGCUUGACAAGUGGAUGAACAACAUGAAUAGAAAUGCUGAUUGUGAAUGUUUACCUACUUUAAAGGAAGAAAAGGAAUCAAACCACAACCCAAGCUGGACGCAGAUCAGCGUUGUGGACAAAAGAGGGCUCGUGCCCACUACGAGUGAGGCUUUGUGUUAUACCGUGCUUGGGGGAGCUGACGUUUCCAGAUAAGGCCACAGAAGGAAACCCCGCAAUUCAGAGACUUAUGUUCUAUAGAGAUGAACUUCUGGAUCUUAGAAAUAAUAUUCUGCUACCACCCAGUUUCCAAGAAAUGGAACCUCCUUGCCCAGUUUAAGAGUGGUACAGGGUAACUUAAAUGAAGGGGUUGUUAAAUCUGCUCUUCAGCUGAAAACUUUCUUAAUUUUCCAUCAGCUUCCCAUUGUAAAUAAAUUUUGCUACAGAAGUUGUCCUUUUGUUCACAAUUGCCCUCCUCCUCCUUUCGUACUGGUUGUCUGCCCUUAUCACAGCAUCUUCCCCCGGUCUUCACAACACAAAUACAAACACAUAACCAUACACACUACGUUUCCCCUCCCCUUUCGUGGAUAGAUCUGGCUAUCUGGCUACCUAUCCGUCUACCAAACUGCUUCAAAGUCUUUUUGGAAACACAUGCUGUUUCCCUGAGCAGGAGAGCCCUGAAGUAGGAGUAAGAAGAAUACAGUCUGUUGCAGACUACCCAUGUCUGUGAGCUAAGGAGAUACGUACGGUGUUCUGUUGAUUAUUAUCAUUCGGGCACUUCCUUGGACACAAAGUAGGGAUGUUCUGGAAUUCGAGUGAUGGGACAGAAAACUGAAAAAAGAAGCAGGAGGAGAGGGAGAGUGGCCUGCUCUCCAGGAGACGUGGGUGGAGGUAUGGUCUCACUGGGGGAAAGCUGCAGAGCCAGCUAUGUGGCCCAGAUAGCCAAGUUAGAGACAAAAGCACAAAUUAGCCAGCCAGCACAGUCAUGUCCGAAUACCAUGUCCGUAAUUUAUGUCUAUUCACACCCCAAGAUGCCUAAUGGUUGAAUUCUAAAUGACACGGAGAAAGCACCCCCGGAUCCUUUGUGGAUACGAACAAAAUGGGCUUUUGAAAACACGCCAGGACCACCAACUCCUGAAAAAAACAAUGCAUGGAAAUUUUUUUUAAAAAGGAAGAAAAAAAAAAGGCAAUUUGGCAUCUAUUCAUAGAGAAUGGGAUUCGUUUUAAUUAAAGGUGGGGGAGGGACCCCCAACUCCAUCUGGUUCUCUCCACAUCAGCACAAGGGAGGGAUACUGGAGCAAGAGCUAGGGAUUAUUUCUUGGCUUUCAUGGAUUUCCUCCUCAGGGAUCAAGUAUAAAAUCCAAACCAACCUUUGUUUCAGAAACUGUAAGCUGGACACUGUUGGCUUCCUGACUGUUUAUGUUCUCUUGAGUCACCUCCACAGUGGAGUGACCAGCUCUUGGUAGCUUCUUGGAAAUACACUAUUGUUCUCUCUCUCUCUCUCUCUCUCUCUUUUUUUUUUUUUUUACAGUGACAAUGAAUCCUGAAACUGAAUGGUGCUAAUGUUUUCCAAGGAGCAGCCCUGGAGGGAGCCUGCUGAGCCUGCCAACGGAGGAUGAAGAGGAUGCAAAUUUAAUUAAUUUCAAAUCAACAUAGACAUAAGAACCUUUUGCUGUGCCUCCCAACGCCCACUCUCCCUAACGAUGGCAUCACCUGUACUUGGAAGAAUGCACGAUUGAGAAGCGCCGGGCAGAGGCUUGGCUGCCAUCCACCGUGGCUUCUGAGGGUGGAGUAGCCACGGGACGUGUUCACCUCUCCUCAGCGCCUGUUCCCUCCUCUCCACCAACCUCUAGCUGCCUGUACUCACUGCGGCCACACUCUCCAGGUCCUUGUUCCCUUUCUGCUUCAUUCCUUGGAGUUUAAAUCAGGAAGCUGUUUUACAUACGGCCUCCUUCUGGGUCACCUUGUUACCUAAUUAGCUUUGGAUAAUUUCCUCUGAUUAGUCAAGUCCUCUGAUAGGUCCUCUGCCUUCAGCAGGAACUUUCCUCAAGGCCAGUUACGUCAUGGAAAAGACAGCGAACAAAGCGCGUGCUUCACUCUAUACAUCAUCCCCGGGGGUUGGGAAGCGCGUCUACCUGCCAAGAAGAGUGAGAGUCCACCGUCCUGAGGAGAUGUUGUCUGGUGACCUGCGGACUCUGAGUUGGCCAGACAGGCCCCUUGGGCACUUCUCGGAGGAACAGGAAUCUGCAGUGAAGGAGCGAGAUGAUCUCCCUCUCGGCUAAGAUCACCAGCGUGGUCACAUUUCUCCAAAGCUCCUUCUUGCUCUCACCACACCUCUUUGCCUUUGUGUGAAGAGAACAUGGGCACAGGGGGUCAUCUGCCAACGCUUUAUAUUUUUGAGAUCUUUAAGGUCGUUUGCAACAAACAGAAUAGGAACAGGCAGAUACCUGUGCCCGUGGCAGGCAUCACCCACUGUACCUUCCUGUCAGGCUGGCACAAGCCUCGUGUCUCCCUGGACACAGCUUUCCAGGAGGCUGCUAUCAGUCCAGCAGAGGUGACAUUCUACACGGGGUUUGUUGACAUUCUUGUACAAGAAGCAACGGCGCCAGAUGCAGAAGGGACUGCUUAUCAUUCCCAUUCACGGAAAAUCAAUCCUCACUGCAUCCUUGUCUAAUUGUGACCUUUAAAGCAAUCUAGCAAACUGGGAGUCCCCGGGUCUUCCGCAAUACCUGAUAUCGUAUUCCAGGAAAGAAAUAAAGAGGGAACACUUUAUUUAUUUUACUUUCCACAUGUAAACUGAGGGGAGACGAGGUUCACCACACAUUUGCUGCUGAAUUUGGGGUCUUGGGUUCGAAAGGCUGCCUUAAUACAUAACAAAACUACCCCUCUCCCCCUUCUCGGAAUCCCUCUGACUGGUACUCACCUUCUGAACUAUGCCCAUCAUUUUAAAGGCAGAGCUCCAAGCCAGGGAAAUCUUUCCGUACAAUGAAAGAGAACUAUCUGGUUGUGUUUAACCACUGCUAUUGUGUUAUCCUGGGACUUCAUGGAACUGUGGCAAAAGACAGUCUUUGUGGUAUAUAAUGUCAACAGAUUCAUCUGUCAUAUCCUCGUUAGCACAUCCUAAUAAGGCAUUUUUGUUUUCACGUCUGCUUUGCAUAUUCAUAUUCAAUUUGUGGUCGACAGUGACUCUCAGAUAUUUAUGCCAAAAUUGCCAUUUUCUGAAUUAUUAUUUCUGCCUAUUUUGUUACUUUGUUUCUUCUCCACGUUUUGACUCUUUGAAGAGUCUUAGAUUGCUUCUUUCUCUCUCUAGGUAUCUAAGAUUUUUGCUGAAUACUUACACCUAUAAACUCUAUCCAAGUCUAUCAACCAAUGCACUUAGAAGUUCAGAGAAUGAUAAGGGGUCUUGAAAUCUCAUUUUGACUAAGCAAUAUUUUAUGAAUAUUUUAAUACAGUUAAAAUAUUCUCAUUCAGCAUUUAAAAUAACUUUAAAUUUCAGAAGAAGCAAGCUUCAGUAACAUGUCAUUGAAUUUAUGUCUGCAAAAUGUCCUAACCUCUAUAAUUGCACAGUCUACAAGGAUUUUUUUUUUUUAGAAGGUAGUUUAUUCUAGCAAGGUCUAUGAACCAAAGCAGUGAAGGGUCAAUCCUAGCAUCCUGUAUCUUUUUAUUACGGUUCAAUCAAUAGAUAUCAUAUAUUUAUGAUAAUUUCAAUAACUGCUUUUAAACCCAAACUUAAUUUUUAUGUUUCAGACUAUUGUUGGUAAAAAUCACGUUAAUUUGCCCUAAUUGGGUAGCCAAUCAGAACAAAAUCUGACUUUAGAAUAUUUUAAAUAUAUAUAACUUUCACUGCAUAUUUUUGUACACUUUAAGCAAACUAGGUUAACAAUAUUGCCUAGUUAAACUCCUCAGGGAACUUGUUUUAAUAAACAUACAAGAUUA